GCGUUAUAUACAAUUUUCUCAGAGUAGCAAAUCUCCCAGCUGACGGUUGGAAAUCGUCCGACAGCUGUAUGAAAGCUUGUAUGUAGAUGGCGCCUGAGGAUUCGCAUUCUUUCCAUAUAGAUUCAAAAACAUCGUCAUCACGUUGCUAAGAAAUUUGGUUCUCAUUACAUACGGCAGACGCAAUUGUUAUUCAAAGAUGAAAGCAAUAAAUCCAAGUGGUAAAUUAGUGAAAAAAGCCAUUAUCCGGACGGUUGUAAAUGAGGGACAGAAGGUUCAGGCGCCCAAGAUUGCUGUACCAUGCUCAGCCAAUCGUGAAUUAAAUUUGGAUCUAUUGAAGCCAGAUACGGUGGAGGCCAAUAACAAUAACUUGGCAUCAAUUUUGGAUAAAACAAUCACUCAGAUGAAAUUAUACCUGGGUGAUCCGGAUUGCGGCGAGGGUGGGCCCAAUCGACCCACAAGAGGUCCCUGCGAUCCCCCCGAGGGGCCAUGCAAACCCAUGAGCAAACCCGGCUAUCCAGCCAAGCCGCGAGCCAGUAGGGAGCCAUUCUGCGUCAAGUGCCCACCAAAGAGGCCGUGCAAUUUGAACAAAUGCCCGACUGAGACUGAGGGUACGUGCUGGAGAUCGGCUUGUCAGGAAAUUGCUUUUAUACUUUGUUCUCAAUCACAGAGGAGCUGUAGACUUGGAGGCAUUCGUCUUAGAAAUUAUGCUACACUCAAAGGAACGAGGAUAAUUGGUGAUUUAAGGAGGCUGUCUGAGGCGCCAGUGCGAUUUCAAUCGGAAAAAGGAUGCAAUUCAUCGCCAGAGUUACCAAAAUGUUCUGAUGAAAAAUCAAAACCGGUGGAAUUAUGUCAAAACAAGGAGAUAAAACUCCUGUCGUCUUGUAAUUCGGCAAAACCACCGGAUCCACCGGUCAAGAUUGUAUACCAAAAAUGUCCCCCAUGUCCGAAUCUACCGAAAAUGCCUGAGUGUAUUCCACCAACUCCUACGUGUGAGAUUAAAUGUCCACCUCUACCUCAGUGUCCAAAAUGCCCGCCACACCCCUCCAUCAAAGAUUCUCCAAGUAAAUGCACACCAGUGAAACCCCCCAAAGGAUCAUCCUGUACUUUUACAGAUAAAUCUCCAAAGGGCCUUUGGGAUAAAAUAAGCGGCUUCAUGAAGAAACGUAAAAUGUCGACUGCCAGUGAUUCAGAUGACUGGAGAGCGCACAAGUGUCAAACGGUAACCGAUAUCUGUUCUGAUAAGUCCAAGAUGAAAAAACCACCCCCAUCGUGUCCUAAAAAUAGAAAAACCAGUUGCUAUCCUGAAGUAGUUAAGUGUCCGGAGUUGGAGAAAGCCCCGGAGAAGAGGGUAAUAGGGCCAGUCGACAAGAAAAUCGAUUACUCAAAGAUCACCUGCCCUCUUCCCAAAUUUGAAAAACCUGAUGGCUGUCCGCCUGUGACAAUUAAUUCACAAAUAAACUCUGCGGAUGAGGAGUGUAAUUCUUUAUUAAUGGGACUUCCGGGACCUCCUUCGAAACCAGUUACCCUCUGUCCUUGCCCUCCACCUGCUAAACUCCAUCCAGGUGUUUGUCCCUGUGCUCCAGAAGUGAAUGAUAAUCUCAAGAAAAAUACACCCACUGAAGCCUGCCCGGUCAAGCCUCGGUAUCCGUGCCCCGAAAAACGAGUGUUUCACUGCCAAAUACAACCACCUGGAUCUUCACAGAUCAUAAAUGCUCAGAAAUAAUCACAAAUAUAGAUAUUGAAUAUGCUUUUUUUUGUUCUCUUCUUGAGUCUCUAUCAUUUCAGGUUUUUGCUCUUUUUCAUUUUUAUUA